CUGCAGCAGCUUCUAGAAGAACAUAAGAAGAGUCUGAGGAGGAGAUGUGAACGUGUGACUGAAGGAAGUGAUGAAGCAGGAGGAGGAAGCCUCCUCAACAGGAUCUACACUGAGCUCCACAUCACAGAGGGACUCAGUGAGGAGCUUCAGAGGGAACCUGAGCUGAAGCAGCUGGAGACAGCUUCCAGGAAGGAGAGCCUCCAUCACACUGCCAUCAGGGUUCAGGACAUCUUCAAAGCCUCGGCCCAGCAGCUCAGACACAUCCGAGUGGUUCUGACCAGCGGCGUGGCCGGCAGUGGAAAAACCUUCUCGGUGUACAAGUUCACUCUGGACUGGGCCGAGGGCCUGGAGAACCAGGAUGUCAGUGUGCUGGUGGUGCUCUCCUUCAGGGAGCUGAACCUGCUGGGAGAGCGGCCGUACAGUCUCCUCUCGCUGCUGGCUGUUUUCCAUCCCACGCUCCAGAAGCUGACGGCAGAGGAGCUGGCUGUCUGCAAGCUGCUCUUCAUCUUUGACGGCCUGGAUGAAAGCAGACUUUCUCUGGACUUCAGCAGCAGCCAGCGGCUGCUUGACGUCUCCCAGCAGUCUUCAGUCAGCCUGCUGCUCACUAACCUCAUCCGGGGGGAUCUGCUGCCCUCGGCUCGGGUCUGGAUCACUUCCCGACCGGCGGCGGCCCAUCAGAUCCCUCCAACAUGUGUGGACAGACUGACAGAAGUGCGAGGCUUCACUGACGCCCAGAAGGAGGAGUACUUCAGGAGGAGGCUGAGUGAUGAGGAGCUGAGCAGCAGAAUCAUCUCCCACAUCCAGACAUCCAGGAGCCUCCACAUCAUGUGUGGAAUCCCAGUCUUCUGCUGGAUCACUGCCACAGUUCUGGAGCACAUGUUGAGCACAGAGCAGAGAGGAGAGCUGCCCCAGACCCUGACUGACAUGUACUCCCACUUUGUGCUGGUUCAGACACACAGGAAGAAGCUCAAGUACCAUGAAGGACCUGAGACGGGUCCACAGGAGCUGACGGAGGCUGACAGGGAGCUUCUUCUGAAGCUGGGCAUGAUGGCCUUGGAACAUCUGGAGAAAGGAAACAUGGUGUUCUACCAACAAGACCUGGAGCAGUGUGGUCUGGAUGUGACUGAGGCCUCGCUGUUCUCUGGAAUCUGUACUCAGAUCUUCAAAAGAGAGUCUGUGAUCUUCCAGAAAGCCGUCUACAGCUUCGUCCAUCUGAGUGUUCAGGAGUUUCUGGCUGCAGUCUUCAUGUUCCACUGUUUCACCAACAACAAGACAGACUUACUGAAGACCUUUACUGGAGAGGAUACUGCUUUCACUUCUCUUGACAUGUUCCUGCAUAAAGUUCUGGAGAAAUCCCUCAGAAGUCAGAACGGCCACCUGGACCUGUUUGUCCGCUUCCUUCAUGGCCUCUCUCUGAAAUCCAACCAGAUACUCUUAGAAGAAGCAUCAACAUCUUCCACUGUCUGAUGGAGAUGAAGGACCUCUCAGUACAUCAGGAGAUCCAAGAAUUCCUGAAAUCAGAGAACAGGUCAGAGAAGAAACUCUCUGAGAUCCACUGCUCAGCUCUGGCCUACAUGCUGCAGAUGUCAGACCAGGUCCUGGAGGAGUUGGACCUGGACAAGUACAAGACUUCUUUGGAGGGACGAAAGAGACUGAUCCCAGCUGUGAGGAACUGCAGGAA